AGCCAUUACUGUACUAUCUCGGUUAUAAUUAAAUUGGCCAGACAUAAAAGCAGCAAAUUGUGUUCAAUAAAAGUUUUUUUUAUUUAAAUUAAAUAAAAUAAAAGAAAAUAAUAAACAAUGACUUCAGCUCAACGUAAAUGUACCAGUAAAUGGAUCCACUGCAACCGAUGCAUGGAAAAUUACAUGAAAAAAGAAAGAAAACUUUAUAUUCUCUCUUGCUAUGAUGUAGUCUGCGAGACGUGUCUAAUGGCUGGAAAUAAAGAAAAAAUGUGUCCAGUUUGCAAAAAUAUAGUCAGAGGUUUUGUUAUUUGCAAUAAUUUACCACCAAAACUCAAAGAAAUGUUUCAUCCGCGUCCAUGGUCAUUAAAAUUCAAUAGGACUUCAACUGUGUAUAAAUUUCAAAAAAAGCAACGGAAUUCUUUUCUAACUGGAUGUAAAAAAUUGAGAGAAUUUCUCAAAUACUUAGAAAAGAACCGCAACACAAUGAAAGAAGAUUGCAAAAAUAUGUAUCUAAAUCACAAGCAACUAAAGAAAGACCACUCAAAACUCAAAGGAUCUGUAAAGAGAUUUAAAGAAAUGAGGGCUGCGAAACAACGUGCUCAACACGGUUUGUAUGCAAAUCGUUCUCAUGGAUUUGAUAUGUUUGAAGCACAAACAAAGAUCAAUCGAUCAAUCUCACGAAGUCGUGAGAUUUCAUCAACAUGUCACAUGAUGCAAACAUCAAGAAACGAAAAUGUUUUUGAGAUCUCCUCAGACGAAGACAGUUCUCCAUCAAGAAGUUUCUAUUUAUAAAUUAUAAAUUUAUAAAGCAACGUGCUCAACACGGUUUGUAUUCAAAUCGUUUCGCAUGGAUUCGAUAUGUUUGAAGCACAAACACAGAUCAAUCGAUCAUGUCACAUGAUGCAAACAUCAAGAAACGAAAAUGUUUUUGAUUUCCCCCCAGACGAAGAAAAGAAGUUUCUAUUUAUAAAUUGAAUUCUAUUUGUUUUAAAUUUGUAGACCUAUUUCAUUUACUUUUUUUUUUUUUUUUUCAAAAACGAUGAAAUACAAAAACAGCCUCUUCUAUUGAAUAAAAACCAACACAUUACUUUGAUUAGUUGCUUGUUGUAACCGAACUUUUAAUACAAAAUAUAUAA